GUGGAAGUCUCUCUGCGCGCGGGAUUCAAGAGAAGAACAGCGCGCGACCAGCAGUUCGCGGUUAGUCGGCCCGGUCGGUUUUCCUCGCGCAGAGCACCGUCAGAGAAAACAAACAAACAAAUAAAUAAACAAACAGCCGUGAGAAGAAAGGAGGCAAACAUGGCGACUCCCCCGAAGAGAUCGUGUCGUGUUCCCGCCAGAGGGAAGAAGAUUUCCAUCGAGGGAAACAUCGCUGCAGGCAAGUCUACCUUUGUGCGUAUUCUGCAGGGGGCCUCAGAGGACUGGGAGGUGAUUCCUGAACCCAUUGGGAAAUGGUGCAACGUCCACAAUGACAGUGAAGACGUUUACCAGGAGCUGAGUUCCUCUCAGAAGAGUGGAGGAAAUCUGCUGCAGAUGUUGUACGACAAACCAAGCCGCUGGUCAUACACAUUCCAGAGUUAUGCGUCUCUCAGCAGAGUUCGUUCUCAGCUUCAGUCUCUGUCAGUCAAACUCAAACAGGCAGAAAAUCCUGUACAGUUCUUGGAACGCUCCGUCUAUUCAGACAGGUACGUGUUUGCAUCUAACCUGUUUGAGAGCGGUAACCUGUUGGAGACAGAGUGGAAUGUCUAUCAGGACUGGCACACCUGGUUACUGAACCAGUUUGAAACGGACAUCGCCCUCGACGCCAUCAUCUACCUGAGAGCGCCACCACAGCGCUGUAUGCAGCGUUUACUGCACCGUGGCCGUGAGGAGGAGCAGGGUAUUCCUCUGGAGUAUCUGGAACAGCUUCACUUCAAACACGAAGCCUGGCUCUACCACAGAAAUCUAAGGUUGGACUUUGAUUACCUGAAUGAUCUUCCUGUUCUGAUUCUGGACGUUGACGACGACUUCAAUAACGAUCGUAUCAAACAGGAAGCCAUCGUUAACAAGGUCAGAGAUUUUCUCUCCACGCUCUGAAACUUCAUCGUCCAAUCACAGCUGCUGAUGUCAGCGUGGGCUCAUCUGAUUGGACCAAUCAAACUCUGUGUCUCUUGAUGAACGUGUUUUUAUAUUUUCUUUACGACAAUUGUGUGUGUAUGUGUUGAAUGAGUUAUUUAUCAGACCACAUUUCCGUUCUUGUUUGUCCUGACUCUGAGGUGUAAGUGAACACUUCCUAAUGCAUUCAGUGACAGAUGUUUGUCUCUGUAAAUCUGUGUGAAUAAAUAGGCCUAUGACUAAAAGUU